AUGCCUCCACCCCCACAUAAUCAAGAUGUGUCGCCAUCGAUGGCUUCCAAAUUCCAAUCGCAUCCAGAUUCGGCGUUCUUAUCAGGCAACGGAGGGAGAUUAAUGCCAACAUCAAUAACUGAACAGCUGCCUCAAGAAUUACUAUAUCAACGUCGGCAAUCAAGCUAUCCUCAUCCUCAGUAUAUCAGACAGAGAUCGCAUUUACAAUUGACUGGAGAUCCACACAUUCCUAUUAAUACUUCCCAACAAGGGACGUUCGUGAUGAAUACACCUACAGUACAUUAUGGAGAAGGACAGCCUUUUGUACCAAUGAACCAAAUUAGUGGAGCCCAGGGACCAAUGUUGAUGAGGGCUCCCAUAAACCACGUACAACACAACUAUUCCCCUCGAACAAAUCAAGAACAGAUGUAUCAACAAUAUGAUUCGAAACAAUAUUUUACUACCAAUAAUGAAAAUAUCAUACAGCCUCACCCAUAUGCUACAGAUGACCCUCCUGUUUCUCGUAAUGAAAGUCUCCAAAACCAACAAAAAAAUAUGAAAGGCAAUGUUCACGAGCAAAAUGUACUUAUGAAUAAGAAUGCCUUGACUAGUCAUGCUGCCGUUCAACGGCAACAUAUUCCAGGUCCUAUCACGAUACCCAAAGAUAUAAGUACUGUGCGAUCCAACAUAGGGACUUCUGUAAUACAACAGCGAGCAGAUUCCCCAAAAGAUGAGAAAUCCGUACGCAGGAAUAAUUCCCAAUUGUCGUUCAGUGAUAACGUAGAGAUACCGGAAUCACAACAGCAAUAUGAUAAAGAGGGCCAUUGGCAAGACCCGAACCAUUUGAGUGGGAGGACUGUAGUGGGAGAGACGAUACCACAAAUGAUCGACAAGACUGGAAUAAUAAAUCCUGCUAAAACGAUUGAGCCUUAUCCAGUACGAAAAUAUCUUGCUAACAUGGCGCUAUUGAAGGUUUAUGAAUUGAUUAAUUUUAUUAAUGAAUCGACCAACCAAUUGGCAAAUAUACCGCGUUGGGCAAUUUAUAUUGAUAAAAAUUUUCUACCAUCUGCAGAAAUUAAUAUUAUUAGAAAAUUGAACCAUGACGUUCGGAAAUAUCAGUUCCUAGCGUCUAUGUUACCAAUAAUUUCCGAAAAGUUUGAGGCAAUGGGUAUGUAUAGGAUGGAAGUUAUAGCUCAGAAAUUACAUACACAGACACUCAGUAACGGAACUGUAUAUUUUGGGUCACCCUGUUGUACGUUUGCAUACCAUUACCAAGAUGGUAGUUAUGUAACUCAUUUUACUCAAAUUAAGGGCGUAUUGGAUAGGACUCUCCGAUUGGCAUGGAUAGAUUUGACAGUGUUUAGUUUUGUACCGGGGAUUGAAUGGAAUUCCUUAGAAAAACUGGUAAGUAACAGCAAAGUUAGUUUCAAUAUAUUCCAAAAGCUUGCUAAUCCCAGUCACUUGUCAAUGUCUAAGGAUAGUGCGGAAAUAGAUGUUAAUGAUGAUGACAUAAAAGAUGAAACUAACGACGUUAAUGAUAAAAAAGACAAAGUUGGAAAACAAAUAGAAUUUCCACCCAAUUUUGAAGCUAUUACCGAAUUAAGAUCUCAAUUUGGUGUGUUCCGUGAUAUUUCUCUUCUUAACUCUCAAAAUCACUUCAUGAGAGUUGCCCAAAUCAGUACUGUUAUGUCGUCUAUGAAGAAUAUAAUGCUUUUCCAGAAACAAAAGAAAAUAAUAAAUCCGAAAGAAGCGAUGAAAAUGUAUGUUAAAUCUUUUCCGGAAAUCAUUUUCAGCCAACAACCUGUAGAUGGAAAUGAAUCCCAACCAAAACCCGAAGAGGAUAGUGUUGAAAAUAUACGACAACUAAAACGCCAAAAUACUGAAUAUAAUUCAGAUUCAAAUUUCUCUACUAGAGACGCCUAUGGUUAUGAAGACGAUUUCCCAAAGAAGAGGAGGACAUCAAACUCUCGAAUAGAUCCAUCGCAUGUGGAUCGUGAUAGCCCUAUACCAUAA